AUGGACAUUCCGGCAGUGAGUGAGGGUUGGACAAUUAAGCCUGUGAAAACCGGGAUAUCUUCCUCCCAUACCUUGCAUACCGAGAAUAUUGGGACCAUUUCUCAAGGAACCACCGAAAAGGAACUCAGUAGCCCUUCCUUGGAUGGAGUUCAUUCUAAUAUCCACGGGUUUUCCGAGCCGUUGAAGGCCCAAUUCACUCCACGUGUUGUUAUUGAGCAUGAACCCCAGCCCGUCGAGGAAUUACUAUGGACCAAAAUACGGACCAAACUCCGCGAACCCUUCGCUGAAUUCUUCGGGGUAUUCAUUAUGAUUCUCUUUGGUGACGGUGUUGUUGCGCAAGUGGUUCUAAGUGAUUCAAAGAAAGGAGACUACCAAUCGAUAUCGUGGGGUUGGGGCCUCGGAGUUAUGUUAGGCGUUUACUGCUCCGGAGGGAUCUCUGGAGGUCAUCUUAACCCUGCAGUAACAUUCGCAAACUGCGUAUUCCGGAAGUUUCCUUGGAGGAAGUUCCCUAUCUACACGUUGGCCCAGUUCCUUGGGGCAUUUUGUGCUGCCGGUGUCGUUUACGCAAACUACAAAUCCGCCAUUACGACCUUUGAAGGCGGGCCCGACAUCCGAACCGUGGGGUUGGACACCUCCACUGCCGGCAUAUUUUGUACUUACCCGGCCCCAUUUCUGACUAAAACAGGACAGUUCUUUUCGGAAUUCAUUGCCAGCACGAUUCUGAUGUUUUGUAUCUACGCCAUGGCUGAUGAUAAGAAUUUAGGAGCAGGAAAUUUAAUGCCCCUUGGACUGUUCUUCCUCAUAUUUGGUAUUGGUGCUUGCUUCGGGUGGGAAACGGGGUACGCGAUCAAUCUUGCUCGCGAUUUUGGACCACGGUUGAUGUCCUAUUUCCUCGGAUAUGGACAUGAAGUAUGGUCUGCUGGGGGAUAUUAUUUUUGGGUGAGUUACUUCUAA